AUGGUUUUGUUUAAAGAUGAGGUGGAAAGGGAGAGGAUUCUUAACCAGGAGAAUUGGUUUUUUGUGGGUCAUGUGAUGUAUAUACAGUCGUGGACUCCAAAUUUUAACCCGAUUCCCUUGGUGGUAUAUUCAAAUCCAAUUUGGAUCAGUUUGUAUAAUUUGCCGAUUGAGUAUUGGGGCGAGGUGUAUUUGGAGAAGAUUGGUAGGAUGCUUGGCACAGUUUUAGAAGUUGAUUUCGAUGACGAAAGGGAUUUGUGUAAAAUUGUUAGAAUUUGGGUUGCUGCAGUGCGAAAGAUACCGGAAGUGGUUUUCCUUCGCACCACUAAUGGGAUUUGGCGACAAUCUAUGGAGGUUGAAAAUGUUACCAGUCCAUGUGAAAGAUGUGGUAGCAACCAUCACAACCAAGAACAGUGCAAAAUGUUUGUUAGAAGAGCGUAUAACCUACCAAGAAAACCUAUCCAACAUUGGAGGCGAAAGAAGGUUACACCUUUGGUUAUGGCUUCUGAGUCUGGGCCCUCGCUGGAUGGCCUAAGAUUGGUGUCUCAGAAGGACAUGGUCCUUGCUAAGGAGAUCAGAGUUGGUGAGGCUGAGAAGGAAAGUGAUGGGGUUGAGAAUCUGGUGAUGGAUGGGGUCAAGGAGGCAGAUGGCGGAGUGGGAACUAAUGAGGAUAUGCAUGACGUGGUGAUGAGGGCAAUUCCUCUUACUCCUAACUCGGCUUUCAUGGGUAGGGGUCUCUCUGAUACUAAAGCAGAUCAUGUAAAAGAAACAAUAGAAGGUGAUAUAGAAGCAGAAAAACUGGAAAACUUAGAUCCAAGGUGCUUAAGCCAAUUGGCCAAUGCAUUACUUGGCAAAGGUAAAGGGAUUCGCGGUAGGAGAAGCAAUAAGCAGAAAAGGGAAGAAAGGGAAAAACAAAAAGGGAUCAUCAGCGUGAUAUAUUUCAUGAAAAAGGCUAAGGGAGAGGGGCUCUCCCUUGGCUACAGAUGA